GACAAGGGACACACCAUCUUCCCGCGUCACUUGACAACAACAAACUCGUCCAAAUUUUAUAUUUUUCUACAAAAUAUAAAAACUCGUGAUUUUUCCGCCUCCUCAACAUUAGACAAAGUUCUUGUUAAUAGAUGCGCUCUUUUGACUUUCUCCCCCACACCACUUCCUUUCUGAGAGACUUUCGGCAUCACGUCCAAGCACAGUAGUUAGUCGACCGAAAGCCCUCUGUCAGCAUCAGCCUUCAGUGAGAUUGUGGACCUACAGCAGAGUGGUCAAAUUGUACCUAACAUAACGCAGCAGGUGAUUAAUGCCAUAAGUAUUGCCAGUGAUCUACGGACUUCAUAAACCUCAGUGAUGGAUAACGACAAGCCAGAAGAGUGUAAAGUCUGUUUUGACAACUUUGAUGAAGCUCUUCGACGCCCACGCUCUCUGCCAUGUGGCCACACCUUCUGCACUGUCUGCAUUGUUGACAUGAUAAAGAACUCUCAGUUCACCUGUCCCAACUGCCGUGCUGACCACAACACUUUGGCUGUUACUGAUGUAACUCAACUUCCCAUAAACUAUGGGAUGGAAUCACUCAUAAGGAGACUUAAAGGUGUGUCGUUCAAGCCAGCACAAACAAAGGCACCAACAAAACCUCCUCAAGAUGGACCCAAAGGCAUUAGCAAGAAGUUCCGGUCCUUGUUGCAGGAGCAGAAGAACAACAUAAGCAGCCUCAUUACUGCCUGUGAUGAGAAACUGUCCCAGCUGGGAAAAUACGGGAAGAAGGUGAAACACUUGAAAACUGAGCACAACCUUCUUGAGGACAGACUGAAUGGUCUGCUGGAACAAAACAAGGCAGCAAAAGAACUUGUGGAGCAAGAGGAGACCAGUGUGGAGGAUAUGAGCACUAAAGGAGAGGAAGGAAAGCAGCAGCUACAGGCUGUGCUGGAGUGCCUCGAGACAGUUAACUCUGCUCAGGAAGUCGUCAUGGCCAUCGACGACGCUGAUCAGCGUAGUGUGGUGACAGAAGAUUGGAUCCAGAAGUGCCAGGAACAAUUCCCAAACGUGAACACUGUCCACACCUCAGUGAAGGUGCAGGAGAGCAUCGGGUUGGCCCUGGAGAUGAUACCCACAGAAGCUGCUGCCACAGCUGCCCCCCUCCACCUGGGAGACUCAGCCUCCACCAUCAUGGAGAAAUUUGAUGAAAUCACUACAAACAAAUUAACUGUUGAUGAUCUGGGCAGGAUGACUGAGGGUGUCAAGAGGCAGGUGGAGGCUGGCCGGGUGUAUGCUGUCCACCAAGACCAACACGGCCUCCGCUCCUCCAGGAUAACUACACAGUAUGGACGGCUCUACCUGCACACACUCCAGAGCCAGCCCGCGCCCCUUCACGCCCACACCAUCCAGUUCACCGACUUUGUGGGCGCCCUGGACUGUUCCUCCACCCUGGUAUUUCUUGACCUGGGCUGGGCCGGGUCAACAAGAGGCCGGGUUCACAUCCGGCUUAGCCCCGACACUCCACGAGGCAGACAAUUUACGUUGUUGUGUACGGGCCAGCGGGGCCACACCUACGCCAACACAAACUUUCUGAAGGUGUGUAACAAGGGUAGAGAGGGGGAGUGUGUGGUGGGUGGAGACUACCAGUAUAAUGAUGGUAAGGGAGGAGCCCCACUACUGCCUGACCUCCAGGGUGAUUACCGCGUGUCAGGGAGUGCGGGGGAUGUGGGGUGUUGUUAUGGUGGUGAUACCCGGGGUGUACAGUUCAGCAUCUCCACCAGGUACCGCUCUAGUUGGCUCAUUGAGGUGUUUGGUAAGGUGGAGAGCGGCCUGGAGGUGGUGAAGGCAGCAGUCAACCACAGUAACAUCAGGGAGGUGACUGUGGUUGACUGUGGUGUUGUGUUGACCAUCUAGUUCACUGUACCAUCACCAUCAUGUCACCAUCACAUCACCAUCACUUAAGUGUCACCAUCAUUUAUGUCACCAUCACCAUCACUUGUCACCAUCACCAUCAUGUCACUGUCACCUGUGUCACCAUCACCCUUAUGUCAACAUCACUUAUGUGUCACCAUCACUUAUGUCACCAUCAUCUCACCACCAUCCCUGUGUCACCUAACUUAACCUACCCCGUUUUCUGUGUAAAAGAAAACAAAAUCACCCAACCCUCCCUAACCUAACCACCAUGACACACUAUAGUGUCACUAUAACCACCACAACACUAUAGUGGCACUAUAUGUCACUAUAACCACCAUGACACACUAUAGUGUCACUAUAACCACCAUGACUACAGGUAUAUGUCACUAUAACCACCGACACACUAUACAGUAUGUGUCACUAUAACCACCACGACACACUAUAGUCACUAUAACCACCAUGACACACUAUAGUGUCACUAACCACCAUGACACUAUAUGUCACUAUAACCACCAUGACACUGCGUCACUAUAACCACCAUGACACUAUACAGUAUGUGUCACUAUAACCACCACGACACACUAUAGUGUCACUAAUCACCAUGAUACACUAUAGUGUCACUAUAACUGCCGUCACUUAAAACUCUUUUUAAUACUUUUAAGGAUAUAUUUUGCUACUGGUG